AUGAUUCAAAUUGGUCACAAAGAAGAUGUCAGGGUUGUAGCAACGAAAAUGCCUAUGAAGGACAUCCUGAAGAUUGAAUAUUUCACACAUGAAUAUGGUGAAGGAGAUUGUGUCCUCGAGUACGAUGACUCCUAUCAUAGUAGUGAUGACACCAGGACUAAAAAGGGACAUUACUGUAGUGACAGUU